AUGGAUAAUGUACCUCCUCAACAGCAUGAAGCCGGUCGAACCGGGACGGGCCAAAAUCCUCCUCCACAACAAAGUGAAGCCAGCCGAACUGGAACGACCCAGAAUGAGGGAAAUCAAAAUCGGCUGGUUUCCAAUACACCAAUGGCUGUAGGGUUGAAACUCUGCUCGGAUGAUAGUAAAUUAUUUGAGGAGCCAACAGUUUACAGAAACACCAUUGGAGCCUUGCAACAUUUGUUGAUGACCAGACCUGACCAGUCAUAUGUUGGGAAUAAGUUGAGUCAGUUUCUGAAAUCCCCAACAAGGUUACAGUGGCAGGCGUGUAAACGGAUUCUGAGGUAUGUAAAAGGAACACUAGACUAUGGGAUUAUGUUUAAGCCUGCUCCAGUACUAGCAGUAGAGGCAUAUGCAGAUGCCGAUUGGGCUGGAAAUUUGAAUUACAGAAGAUCAACCAGUGGGUUCUGUGUCUUCUUUGGAGGAAAUUUAAUUCAAUGGGCUUCAAGAAAACGAAAGGUGGUGGCUUUGUCUUCAACAGAGCAUAGAUCUUUAAGCCAAGUUUCCACAGCGUUGGCAUGGAUCAGGAGCUUACUUACAGAGAUAAGGGUGCAGUUGAUUAAUAAGUCUGUUGUAUGGUGA